UAUCGUUUACGACAUAAGUCAUUUUAUCUAUGGUACCGGGUGUCACUUAUGUUUGUUAGAAAAACUAGCGUCGUAUGUGAUUUCGUGUUUUUCACUUAUUUCAGACGUGCACAGUGAAAAAACAUUCAUAUUGUGUCACUUGCGUGUGUUUUAUUUUAUUGUCGCAAAGUAUUUUUAAUAAUUUUACCAAUAUGAUGGCUUUUGGGCCUAAAAAGGACGGCAGCCCUAAUGCCGAAUUCUUCAGCUCUCCAGAAACUCUAACUCAUUUUGAGGGAAUUCGUUUGUGGAUACAAAAACAUUGUAAAAAGUAUGUACAAACUGACCCACCAACUAAAGAAAGUCUUUCGUCUUUAAUUAUACAACUAUUACAAUUUCAAGAAACUAAACUGGGUAAAAAUGCAGUAGAUCCUCCAAUGACAAGAUUACCAAUGAGAUUGUUUCUUGACUUCAAACCGGGCGGGUCAUUAUGCGUUAUUCUAGCAGCUAUGUAUAGAUUUAAAUUAGAGCAGAGAUGGAGAAAAUUUGACUUUCAGAUUGGGAAAAAUCCUUCCCGAAAAGAUAUAAAUGUCAAUAUGUUGAUGGAAAUUGAAGCCGCAUUGUUAGAAGCAGAAUGCCUACGUUUACCAGCAAUUUAUAUUCGUUCAGAUGUGGAUAAACAGUUAGUAAACAAAAUAAAGGAUCUGGUUACCAGUCAUCAAGGAGAGAUUGUAGAUGAUGAAGAAGAAGCAACACACAUUAUCUACCCCACUGUUGAUCCUUUAGAGGAAGAGUUUGCCAGACCAGUAUUGAGAAGAGAGAAGAUGACCUUGAUGCACUGGUAUUAUUUUCCAGAUUCUAGAGAUUCCUGGAUCAACAUUGAUAUACCUAUGGAAAAUCCAGAAUCUCCAAGCAAUAGAAGAAACGUUUGGCGCGUAUCUGCAACAUGGGUCUUAGAUCUGGAGCAGUACAAUGAGUGGAUGACAGAGGAAGACUAUGAAGUUGAUGAAAAUGGAAAAAAGAAGGUACAUCCAGCCAGAUUAUCUGUGGAAGAUAUAAUGCAACCUCCUGACGAGAAAAAGAAAUCUAAGACUAAACGACGCAAGUCACCCUCACCACCGCCUAAAGCUGCAAAACGAAAAAGUGGAAGGUCUCCGGCUGUAGUGGUUUCAAAAAAACCAAGAGCAGAAGAAGAAGAAGAGAAACCAGAUCAUACUAAGGAUAUGGAGGAUCCUGUUUCAGAGCCUGUCAUAACAGAGGUUUCAAAACUUAUAACAAGUGGACCUGCAACACCUACAACACCGCUCACAAGUCGCACAAAGGACAGUGACCUUCAACCUAUUAAAGGAGGUACUGUGACAGAACUUGAAGAAGACGAUAAAGAUGAUUCCCAGCCAAGCAAAAUUAGCGACACCACAACUCAAGAUUUCAUAAGCAAAGAUGAUAUGGAAGAUAAUGUUACAGAGCAAACACAUCAAAUAAUCAUUCCAUCAUACUCAGCUUGGUUUGAUUACAAUUCUGUUCACACAGUUGAGAAAAGAGCAUUGCCAGAAUUUUUCAAUGGAAAAAAUAAAUCCAAGAGUCCAGAAAUCUACUUAGCAUAUCGAAACUUCAUGAUUGAUACAUAUAGACUUAAUCCAACAGAAUAUUUGACAAGCACUGCUUGCAGAAGAAACCUCGCUGGAGACGUCUGUGCGAUUAUGAGAGUUCAUGCUUUUCUAGAGCAAUGGGGCCUAAUAAAUUAUCAGAUUGAUACUGAUUGCCGACCAUCAUCUAUGGGUCCUCCCCCAACAUCUCACUUCCAUGUGUUAGCGGAUACUCCCUCUGGAUUACAACCAGUUAAUCCAUUAAAAACUCAACAACCAUCUGCUGCUGCUAAAAUUUUGUUAGACAUGGAUAAAAAGACUCCUGAUCAGACUUCUAAAUUGGAAGAAGGCACUCCUUCACCUGGUGUAACAGUUAAGUCAGAGAGUGAUACGUUUGCUUCAACAGGAGGACAAUUUGGCCUUAAGCUUGAUCAGUAUGCUAAAAAACCAUUAGCAAUGAGGAACAAACAGGCAGCUGGAUUGUCUAGAGAGUGGACUGAUCAGGAAACUCUUUUACUACUUGAAGGUUUAGAAAUGUAUAAAGAUGAUUGGAACAAAGUGUGUGAACAUGUUGGUUCUCGAACUCAAGAUGAAUGCAUUUUACAUUUUCUGCGAUUGCCCAUUGAGGAUCCAUAUUUAGAAGAUGCAGAAGCUGGAGGAGCAUUAGGUCCAUUAGCUUAUCAACCCAUACCAUUCAGUAAAGCAGGCAACCCCAUAAUGUCAACUGUUGCAUUUUUGGCAUCAGUUGUAGAUCCACGGGUGGCUGCUUCAGCAGCUAAGGCUGCAAUGGAGGAAUUUGCUAGUAUAAAGGAUGAAGUACCUGCUGCACUGAUGGAUGCUCAUAUGAAAAAUGUAGAAAGCUCUAGUGUUGACGGCAAGUACGAUCCUAGUGCUGGUUUAGCCCAAAGUGGAAUAGCAGGCACUACAGUAGAAAAAGAAAGCAGUUCUGAAGACAACAAAGAAAAUGAUAAAGACAAAGAAAAUAAUGCAAAUGAGAAAGUUAAGGAUAAGAAUGAUAAGUCUGAAGACAUGGAAAUAGAUAAACCAGUAGAUGAAAAAGAAAAAACUGAAGCUGAGACUAAGGACUCAACUAAAAAUGAAGGUCCAGCUCAAGUAACUGUGGUUAGCAAGGAUAGCAGCUUGCAGAGUGCUGCAGCAGCGGCUCUCGCCUCUGCCGCAGUUAAAGCAAAGCAUUUAGCUGCUGUAGAAGAACGUAAAAUUAAAUCCUUGGUAGCUCUUUUAGUAGAAACACAAAUGAAGAAACUUGAAAUAAAAUUGAGGCAUUUUGAAGAAUUAGAAACAACUAUGGAACGAGAGAGAGAAGGUUUGGAAUACCAAAGGCAACAGUUAAUAACUGAACGACAACAAUUUCACUUAGAACAACUUAAAGCAGCAGAAUUUAGAGCUCGACAACAGGCACACCACAGAUUACAACAAGAACAGCAACAAAAUCAGUCAUGGCUAACACAGAAUCAAACACUGCAUUCAGGAAAUAAUACUACUUCAUUACAAAGUAGUAAUUGUCCACCGCAAGGAGGUGAUGGAAACUCUGCUGGAACGCCCCCUUCACCUCAAGCUGCUGUGGUUCAAUCACCGCAAGCUCAAGCUUAAUAUAAUUUCUUUCAUAUGAAAAUAUACCAUAGUUUUUACUUAAACAUCUGUGAAUAUUUGAAAUAGAUAGAUAUAAAUCAUAAAUUUAAUUUUGUUGAAUUUAUCAAAAUUAAAUUUAUUUAUUUAAUGUUUGAAUAAUAAAUUUUGUGAAAAAUUUAUAUCAAAUUUCAAAAGUUUUGCAUCCAAAACUUUUUCAUAAACACAAAUUAUCAACAUUCAACAAAGUAUAAUCCAUGAGCAGUUUUCUUGAAAUAAUUUUAAGAUACAUGUAGCAAUCAUAAUUUAAUUAUACAUCAUAAAAGCACUGUAAAAAUAUAAUUAAACAACAAUUAAUUAUACCUUAUUAUUCUAGAAUCAAAUCUAUGCUCCACAUGUUUGCAGAAUAAUUCAUGAUUGAGUCAGAUUUUCUACUAUAC